UGAGGAGCGGGGACGCCGGCGGGUCACGGCAGGACGGGCUGUGCGCGGCAGCUGCGGGGCUGGGCCGCUGCCUGCGGUCGAUGCUCUGCCUGCCCGCGGCCAUCGCCUGUGCCCGCGGUGGCCCCGUCUGAGCCCCUGGGCAGAAGCACCGUUCCUCAUCCCUCUCCCCUUUCCGAACGCCCGAGGCCGGGCAGCAGCGCAGGAUGGGCCUGCAGCCCGCUGCCUACUCAAGUCAUCUUCCCCAGAGACUGCCAGAGCCUGGGGGGAGCUGGGCCCGCUGGGCUCCCAGUACAGCACAGCUGCUCUCAUGGUGCUCUGGGGACACAAUGAUUUCCAGAAGGGUUGGAAAUGUGACAUGUGGCAGUGUUGGGCACCUGCCCUAAGCAGCUCUGUGCUUGUCCUGGCUCAGGCUGUGUGUCAGGCAUGCUGAGAAACUGAAGUAAGGAGAUGAGCUUGAGUCUGGAGGUUUCUGAUCCUUUGAGGGGACAAGGAGCAGAAGGUGACAGAAGUACUUGUGUGCAUGAGGAGAAGUGUGUCUGUAUUUGGGAUCUGGAGCAGCCAAAAGGCUGUGGGAGGAGGAGGAGGCUUUUGGUCAGCCUCCACAGCUGUCCCAGGAAAGGCCUAGGGGUGCUGGGUGGGGGUUGCUGCAGGCAAGACCCAGGACCCUCUUCCUGCCAAGUGCUGAAUGUGCCCCAGACAUGGAGAGCUAAUUGUGUCUUGUUGUGCACCUUCUGCUGUCACUCCCUCAGCAUUUACACCAGCCUCGUCUGGCCCUUGCAGUGGGAAGGGGUGGCCCCUCUCUUUGGCUUCUUCUUCCUAUUCCUACAUUCUCCUUUUCCUCUGGCCAGUGAAAGUGUUUGUGCAGCCCCAGCAUGAACCGGGUUGGGGAGCUGCUCUUGGGUAAGACCAGCUUGGCAGAAGCAGCUUCGCUCUGGCGGGUGUUUCGGUCUGGUCUGCGCUGCAGCCACGUGGGUGCUCACACCAGCACCAAGCCUGGGAGAGCAGAGGGCAAGGAGGCACCUCCUCUCUCAGCACUAUGGCCAGGCUUUCUCUCAGCUUGGAGGAGGAUUGAGUAAAGGUUUUGUACGAGCCCCUCGGGUGCUUCUGGAAGGCACAUCUGGCAUCCAGCCAAGCCUGCCUUUUACCAUCUCUCACCUCAGCAGCUCCUACCUUCAUGGGGCCAAAAAACUCUGUGCCCCAGCACCCCUGGGGGCUGGCUGCACAUUUCCUGAUGGUAGAGAAGCAGAAAGUCUGGAGGGGUUAGAACAGAUGACUGGGAGUCACCUGUGCUUUGUCUGCACUCCUCCCAAACCCCGCGGUGCCUGCGGCGGCCGGGGGGGGCAUCAGCCCGGCAGCUGGAGUCAGGCAGAGCCCCAGCCCUGCUGCCUGCCUGCCGUUAGAAAUAACUGUCUGCAGGGUGCCUGAGGGAGCUGAGCCCUCGGUGAGGCAUGCGGCAGCAGCCUUCUCCCAGGGGAGUGACGAGCAGACACGUGGCCCAGCCUCUCUCCCUCACCCCUGCUUGGAAGGGUAAUAAUCCUUUUUCAGCCUCCAGGACCCCUCUUGGAGCUUGCUGCCAAAACUGCCCCACAGUUACCCUGUGCCACCACUCUGGAGGUGGUUGAACACCACCUUGCCCUGCACAGAGCAGUCGCUGCUUCUUGUCUCCCACUCCUUGCAGGUUUUUCACCUUAUAGGUAAAAGAAAUUCAGGAAAACCCACUUUCCUGCAUUGGCAAGCCCAGGUUAAGCUUUCACAGUGCCGGGGGGUGCCUGUGGCCAUGCUGUGUUGGUGGGGACUGGAGCUGAGCAGUGGUGUGUGGCUGGCAGCAGCAGAGGCCUGGCCUCGGGAACCGUGGCCAUGUUUGCCCCUGCCAGAGGCCCUUCCCAUUUGCUCGGCAGCCAGAGGUGUUGGGAGACCCAGCAUGUGCAGCAGCUCGGGGGUGUCACUGCUGUCCUCCCACAUUCCUCCAAGUUCUCCGGGGCUGGCGCUGGGCCCUGCUCAGUGUUCUGUCUCCACAUCGUUUCGGGCCCCUCCACCACGGGUGUGGGAGUUGCCUGUGCCCGGCUGCCGGGCUGGACUCGGCGCUGGAGCUUCGCGCUUGGCUUGAGGGCGGGGUGAUCUGAGGAGGAAGGGCUCGCCUGCGGGGGGGGCUGGCGUUGCCAGCGCUGAGGACAGGCAGGACUGCUUCACUCUCUGCAGGCCCUUGCAGUUUGUGGCUAUGACUUCACCUUUGUGGCUACUUACUGCCCCAAGCAUUUCUAGAAGACAAACACCUUGGGACCUGGAGCAGGCAGUGCAGAGCUGCCAGCCCAUUCCCUCUGGCUGAGCACUUCCCUUGGAGCUGCUUCCUGCCCUGGCUGAGCCUGAGCAGACCUGUAGAAGUUGUGGGGUCUGUGCUCAGUGGAGCUGUGCUAGGCCAAGACACUAUUGGGCUCAGCUCUGCAUCCUCAGACGGGAGCUGGGUGAGGGAUGAGGUGUGAAUUGGUGCACGAGCUGCUGCUGCUGCUGGCACCUGGGGGUGGGCAGGGUGCCUGUGGCUGGGCCUGCUCUCCUGCAGCAAAGCCCUGCAGCCAAGAGGGCACUACCAGGGUCAGGGUCUGCAGGAAGGGAGGAAGCUUUCCCAGCUCUCUGCUCUCACUGCCUCCACUGAGGCACCUCAAGUGGGACCGUUUUCAGCAGGCUGAUCCGGCUCUCUGCUACUGAGGCCAUGAACACCUGAGGGCAAAGUUUCACUGGAGAGUGAAACUGAGACCAGCCCUCAGGCCAGCAGCUCCCAGACCCCAUAGGGGAGCUGGCUCUGCCUGGGAGGGCAUAUCAGAGGGGGCAGGAGCACAGAGCAGAGGUGUCCUGUUUCCAGGCCAGGCCCUGCUGGCGCUGUCUGUAAACCAGCGGGAGAUGAAUAUACAAGGUGCAGUCAUCCCCUCUGGUGGGUGGAGCAGGAGGAACUCUCCUCUUGCCAGGGACCGCUCUCAUCUGUCACGGGAGACUGUCCUGGGCCUGCUCCUGCUUCUCCCCUUUCUUCCUUCUUAGGGCGUUACUGGCUCCUGAUCCCACCCUCUCACAUGAGGCACUGUUUGACUGAAAUAGCUGCUGCUCCCAGCCAUGGGGCCAGCUGCCCCAGCUGACCUCGGAGCCUCGAUUUUGCAGAUCGAGGCCUCCACGUGUCCUCACCCUCAGCUCUGCCUCCGGGUGAUGUUAGUGCCAGCAGCUGCUCUGGGCCAGUGUUGCUGUAGUGGGAGCCAUGAGUAUGACAAUUGCUUUCCAGGUUUUUAAUGUGUGCCAUAUACAGAAGACCUCCGGGUGUAUCUUGGGAGCUCUGACAAGGCCAUGCUUUUGGCAGUAAGUGUUGUGACAGCUGUGAUGAGGUAGGUUUCCUCACCGAGCGCGGUGUGGGGCUUUCCGCAAACGCCACAGCAAAGGUCACGCGAGGGCACUGGCCCUGGAAGGGCCUGGCGCCGGGGCAGAGAGCAGAUUCUGAUGCUGUUGGGCCUUCUCCACCCGCUCCUCUUGCCACAAUCACUCUCUCCUCUCUUUAGGCCACUAGUUCCUUGCCAGAGAGUUUGACCACAGAGAGUCGCCAAGAUAGCUGGGCCAGGAAGAAAACGUCGCACCCCUGACCCAGACUCCAUCACCGACCCCGGCGGGCCGUUUGUGUCCUCCAAACGGCUGAAAAUGUCCAGCAGUACCAAUGCCCCUGGCCAAAGGAGAGUGUCUCGGGGCUUGGAUGAUGCCACCAACAAGAAGAAGCAGAAGGAUCGAGCCAACCAGGAGAGCAAGGAAGUGUCUCGCCCUGAGCUCGAGCAGGCUGAGACUGCCCAGGAGAAAGACUCCGAGGAGGAGCUGCUGCUGGACUGGAAGCAGAAUGCUGACGAGAUCAUUGUCAAGCUGAACUUGGGCAGUGGAGCUCUGAAGGUAGAGGAUGUGGAUGCUGCUUUCAGUGACAGGGACUGCGUGGUCAAACUACCAGACGGGCGCCAAUGGAGCUGUCAGUUCUACGAGGAGAUUGAGGGCUCCUGUAGCAAGAUCCAGUACAAGAAGGGGAACUUUCUACACCUUGUGCUUCAGAAGAAGAUCCCACUCCAUACCUGGUCUUCGCUUCUGAAGAGAAGGAAAGAUGGAUCCAAAGAACUGGCCAAAGGGACCACGUGCUGGGAGAAUGGGAAGGAGAAGGCUACUUCUGCAGAGCUGGCCUCCGAAGAGCCAAGGGCUGAAGGUGCAGAGCCCCAGAGGUCCCGGCAGGAGCCCUCCAACCCCAAGCGUGCCCCCGGAAGAAGCGAGGCCCUGGGAGGGAAAAGCCCAGCCAGCCCAGGGACACAGAGCGGCCCCAGCGCCAAGCGGGCAGUGUACCUCAAAGGGGCUCACACUGAAGAGGAGCUGAAUGCCAGAGUCACGGGGAGCGUGGAGCCCAGCAAGGGGCACAGCGGGAGAGCAGGUGGCCGCCGCAACGGCAGAGCCAGCCAGGUCGAUGUGCCCACAGCCCUGGCGGACCUCGCACCCCCGCUGGAGAAGGCUGUGGCUUUGGCCAAGGAGACUGUUCCCAUGGAGAUGCCACCUCUCAUGCCUACCACAGAGGUGUUCCCCCACCAUGUAGCCACCUGUGUGGAGAAGAGAGUCCUGCAGCCAGGCAGCCCCGCCGAGGCCUUGCGGGGCCGGGACUGCACACCUGUCCUGGGAGAGAGCUCUAAGGCUGUCCCAGUGGCUACCCCUCCCUUGGGCAGAGACAGUGAGAAGAGGGACUGGUCCAAAGAUGACGUGGCUCUGGAAGCAGCAGCUGACAAGCCAGAGCCUUUUGUGAGCCUGACUUUUGUCAAGAAUGACUCAUAUGAGAAGGGCAACGACCUGGUGGUAGUCCAUGUCUAUGUGAAGGAGAUCCACAAGGAAACGUCCAAGGUGUUGUUCCGGGAGCAAGACUUCACGCUGGUGUUCCAGACAAGUGACACAAACUUCCUUCGCCUCCAUCCUGGCUGUGGACCCCACACAGUGUUCCGGUGGCAGGUGAAGCUCAGGAACCUUAUUGAGCCGGACCAGUGCACAUACAACUUCACAGUGUCUCGCAUUGACGUCUGCCUGAAGAAGCGCCAGAGCCAGCGCUGGGGAGGGCUGGAGGCUCCUGCCACACGAGGUGCAGUGGGUGGUGCAAAGGUUGCCAUGCCUACAGGCCCUACCCCUCUGGACAAGAAUCCCCCAGGCAGUAACCAGCACCCCCUGUCCAGCAAGGAAGAGGCCCGAGCCAGCGACAAAGAGAAGCCACGUGUGGAAGAUGGAGGUCUGGAUGGUGUAGCAGCCCGUACAGUCCCAGAGCAUGUGGCAGUGAAGCAAGAGCCCCACAUCCCCUCGCCCAAACCAACAUGCAUGGUGCCACCAAUGACACACAGCCCUGUGAGCACUGAGAGUGUGGAGGACGAUGAGGAUGAGGAUGAGAAGAAGAAGGUGUGCCUGCCUGGCUUCACAGGGCUGGUGAACCUGGGUAACACCUGCUUCAUGAACAGUGUCAUCCAGUCCCUCUCCAACACCCGGGAGCUGCGUGACUACUUCCAUGAUCGGUCCUUUGAGUCAGAAAUCAACUACAACAACCCUCUGGGGACAGGGGGACGCCUGGCCAUCGGCUUUGCCAUGCUGCUGCGAGCGCUGUGGAAGGGCACACACCAUGCCUUCCAGCCCUCUAAACUGAAGGCAAUCGUGGCCAGCAAGGCCAGCCAGUUCACUGGCUAUGCCCAGCACGAUGCUCAGGAGUUCAUGGCCUUUUUACUUGAUGGCCUGCACGAGGACCUCAACCGCAUCCAGAACAAGCCCUACACAGAAACUGUUGACUCAGAUGGGAGGCCUGAUGAGGUGGUAGCUGAGGAGGCCUGGCAGCGACAUAAGAUGAGGAAUGACUCAUUUAUUGUGGACCUCUUCCAGGGCCAGUACAAAUCCAAGCUGGUGUGCCCAGUGUGUUCCAAGGUGUCCAUUACCUUUGACCCCUUCCUGUACCUCCCUGUGCCCCUCCCACAGAAGCAGAAGGUGCUGACUGUCUACUACUUUGCAAAGGAGCCACACAAGAAACCCAUCAAGUUUCUCGUGAGUAUCAGCAAGGAGAACUCCAGUGCCAUGGAGGUGCUUGACUCGGUGGCUCACAGUGUGCGUGUGAAACCAGAGAACCUGCGCCUGGCAGAGGUGAUCAAGAAUCGCUUCCACCGCAUGUUUCUGCCGUCCAACUCGUUGGACACUGUUUCUCCCACGGACAUGCUGCUCUGCUUCGAGGUGCUGUCCCCAGAGCUGGCCAAGGAGCGGGUGGUGGAGCUGCAGGUCCAGCAGCGUCCACAGGUGCCCAGUGGCCCCGUCGCCAAGUGUGCUGCCUGCCAGAAGAAGCAGCUGUCAGAGGAUGACAAGCUCAAGCGCUGCACGAGGUGCUAUCGAGUCGGUUACUGCAACGUGGUAUGUCAGAAGACGCACUGGCCAGACCACAAGGCUUCGUGCCGUCCAGAGAACAUCGGUUUCCCCUUCCUCAUCAGCGUGCCUGAGUCCCGCCUCACCUACGCCCGCCUGGCCCAGCUGCUGGAGGGCUACGCAAGGUACUCAGUCAGUGUGUUCCAGCCUCCAUUCCAGCUGGCCCGGAUGUCACCAGAGCAGGAGCUGCAGCCUCUCCUCCCAGACAAGUUGGAGCCCCUGGCCAAGAGCAGCUGUGCAGCAGCCACCUCUGUCCCUGAGCUGGGAGAUGGGGACAACAGGCCUUCCACUCUCCUGCAGGAGCCCCCACUCUCACCAGCUGUGCCUGAGCUGCACCCAGAGCUGGGGGAUGCUGGCACUGUCCGGAGCAAGGUCCUGGCAGCCAGAAGUUCCCUGCUGAGCUUGGAUUCAGGCUUCUCUGAGCACAUGGAAUCGCAGGGCGACAGCUGUUGUGAGAAGGAGCCGUCCUAUGAGAGAGCCCUCAAGCCAGAAGCUGCCAUCCCUGGGUACCAGCACACUCCAGACUCGCUGAGUGCCCGUGCCACGCCGUUCUACAUCAACAAGAUCGACAGUGCCAACCGAGAGCACAAGCUGGAAGAUAAAGGUGACACCCCCCUGGAGCUAACAGAUGACUGCUCUCUUGCACUGGUGUGGAAGAACAAUGAGCGCCUCAAGGAGUAUGUGUUGGUGGAGUCCAAGGAGCUGGAGUGCGUGGAGGACCCGGGCUCGGCCAGCGAAGCAGCCCGGGCUGGUCACUUCACCCUGGAGCAGUGCCUCAAUCUCUUCACUAAGCCCGAAGUCCUGGCCCCGGAGGAAGCGUGGUACUGCCCCAAGUGCAAGCAGCACCGUGAGGCCUCCAAGCAGCUGAUGCUCUGGCGGUUGCCCAAUGUCCUCAUCAUCCAGCUCAAGCGCUUCUCCUUCCGUAGCUUUAUUUGGAGGGACAAGAUCAAUGACAUGGUGGACUUCCCUGUCCGGAGCUUGGACCUGAGCAAGUUCUGCAUCGGCCGAAAGGGUGAGCAGCAGCUGCCUAUGUAUGACCUGUACGCUGUGAUCAACCACUACGGGGGCAUGAUUGGGGGGCACUACACAGCGUACGCCCGCCUGCCCAACGACAAGAACAGCCAGCGCAGUGACGUGGGCUGGCGGCUCUUCGACGACAGCACAGUCACCACCGUGGAGGAGAGCCAGGUGGUAACCAGAUACGCGUAUGUCCUCUUCUACCGCCGGAGGAACUCUCCUGUGGAGAGACCCCUGCCCGGGCACCCCCCAGACCACCGCGCCGAGCGCACCCCCUCCACCGAAGCUGCUGCCAGCCAGGCUUCUCUGAUCUGGCAGGAACUGGAGGCUGAAGAACAAGAACUGCAACUCGAGGCUCCUCAAAGGCCUGCAAGAAGCUCCUGGAGGCCCUGUGGCCAGAAGCAUAGUCCAGGCACCCCCCAGCACCCAGAUGAAGGCUGUGCCAGAUACUUUGUCCUGGCCACUACGGCCGCAAUUGUGGCUCUCUUCCUGAAUGUUUUCUACCCACUCAUUUACCAAACCCGCUGGAGAUAGGCACGGGCACUCAGCCAGCUGCAGGAGCAGGGCUGCCGGAGCACGCGCCGUCCUAAGACGCUAUGCAACGAAGACGUUGGACAGCCAGACAGAAACUGCUGGGAAGGACUCACUGAGGGAAGUGUGGGACCAUUGGCUCCUGCCUGUCUGCUCUGGCAUCUCCUGUGCCAGCUGGCAUGGCCAUCCCCCUGCCUUGCCAAGGCACAGCCCAGAACCAGGAGCCUCUCUGCCCUCCCUCACCCUUGCUGCCCACUGGGAGCAGGGCAGACCUCAUGGCUACCUGUGGCUCAGGAAUGGACGUUGCUGCUGCAGCAUGGCCAGGGCCUGGGAGCCCUCCAGGAACAGUGACCACCUCCACGUGGCUCCCAAGAAUGAAGUGGACACCUGUCAGGAGGCUGCAGCAAGGGCAGGGUGCUCUGACAUGCAUCCUGGUCUGGCUGCCUUUCCCAGCCAUGCUGCUGCGGGAGCCUUGCGCUCCUUGGGGCUGGCAUGUCCCAUGGCUUCUGAGUCAACCUCGUCCCUCCUGCUGGCCUCCCCUGAGCCUCCUGGUGCCAGCUGCCUGCACACUGGGAGCCCCACACCCCGCCCCAAACUCCCAUUAAUGGGCUUGUGAGCUUCCCUGCCGAGCCAGAGGCUCGGCCCUCCUGCAGCUCCUCUCUCUUGGCAGUCUGGGCUGUGGGGUGCCUGUGGUGAGCACCUGCCUCCAUGGGCUGUUGGCUCUCACCAGCCCUCGGCACUGUGGGGCAUGGGAGCUGUCCUUAGUUGGCCCCAGCUGGCUGUGUCCGGGGGAGGUGGCUCUCUGCCAGGGAAGUGUGGUGCAGCACCUCAUUUGCAAGGGGACUGUCCUCCCGUGCUGCGGAAGAGGUGUGGGGUCAGGGAGCGCAGGUGGGACCUUGGUGUGUUAAUAAAGCUGGGUUUUCCAAAGAGAUGCAGCAUCCCUGUCCUGUGUGAUGGGAGACUGCGCUGGAGCCAGUGAUAUUCUUGUGCCUCAGGUGACUCCAGUACAGCACCCUGUGUGGCAGCGGCUGAGUGCUGUGGGGCAGCAGCUCCUGCAUGGCACGUGCAGGGCGUGGGGAGCCCGUUGGGGCUGGCAGCAUGCCGUCCCAUGAGGCUGGGGCACGGCUGCAGCUCCAGCCCUGUCUGACAUUGAGACAUGUUGCCCUUGGCUCAGCGUGGCUCAGACUGCUCCGGCACGUUUGGGUGCGAGAGGUGAUUUCAGAGCCCUGUGACUUCCUUUUCUAUCUCUGCCUCUGUCCCUCUGGCAGUGUCCUUGCCUGGCUUGGGAAGGAUGCUUGACAGGGAAGGGACUCACCUGCUUUUCUGACUGGGGCUUGAGCUGGGCAGUGGGAAGCCCAGGGCUCCCCCUGCCUUCAUCCCACACCCCUCUUGCACAUGUGCCGCCGUGUCCUCCCCACUGAGCAGCUCCCAGCCAGGGAGCCUGGUGGAGCCGUGCCGUGGUCAUGAGAUGCCUGUCCUGGAACAGUUGGCUCAUUGUCUGCAUCCCUGGGACUUGGUGGCUUCCCCCGCUCACCCACAGUGCCUCGUGGGGCUGAGUCAGUGCCCGGCGCCGGUGGGGUGACCUCUGCUCCGGCUGGCACUGGCAGCCUGUGGUUGGGGCCUGCAAGCCCCUGCCUGCACCUGCCUGCCUGCCUGCUCUCUCCAGGGCUAGGUGGCCAGCAACAAGGCUCGGGCUAGGCACUCUAGGCUGUGGAAAUCCCCUCUGGUCCUGUGCCGUUCCUCAGACCCUGGCAGGCGCUGGCAGCCUGCCCUGUGGCUCGCUGCUGCCGCCCGGCUUGGCUGGGUGCCUGUGCCGGGGCGCGGGGCUCUGCUCAGACUGGCCACAGCAGCCCUGGGGCCACGAGUGCCAGGCUGGGGAGAGGCAGCAGUGCCUGGGCCAAGCGUGCUGCAGCCUGGCUGUCCUCCAGCGGGCAGGUGGGGGCUGCCACUUGGGGGCCCUGGGCACUCUGCCCUCCCCCUGCCCUUCCCCUGCCUUGCUGCCAGGGCUGGCAUCUGCUGCUACUCUCUGGGCCACAGGGCUACAUGUGCUGUGUGUGGUACCUGCCCCAAGGGGCUGUAUGUCCCCUCAGGCACCCCAUGGCCCCCUGGGAGCAGGGAGGGAGAAGAUGUAUGACAGGGUACUGGUCUCCCUCUCAUGCCCCCAGUCGUCUC